AUGGAACGUGAGCUGCAAGACCCAGUGACCAGCAACCCAUAUAAAUUUUUUAGAAACGCCACUGCGCCGCUGUUUCCAAAUGCUUCAUCCGACGUUUUCAAAACGCACUGCGCCAAAAAAGCUGCCCCAAACGGGCCCUUUAGCUUUGAAGCUGUUUCUGUGUGCCUCAAUAUAAUGCGGAUCUCGAGAAUUUGCCGAGUGAUGUUUGUGAAUGGAUAUGAUAUUGAACAGCAAGCCUAUCUGAAGACAAUUGCCAGCUCAAAAACUUGUGAGAAUAUUGGCUUCAGCUCGAAGCCAACUACUGCUUUUGCAGCUGCUGACAUUGAGCGUUCAUCUCUUAUUUUGUGCGGUAAUGCCUUUUCGGAUGUUAAUAUUAUUAAAGAUGCUUUGUCAGCGCUAGCUGCUCCUAUAAUCUUAGCUAGAGGAGGCCUUCCUCUUUCGGCAAGGAUUCUUGUGUCUGGUGAUUCUGUCAUUCUAUUGUUUGCGCCUGAAGAUAUUAUUAAGCCUAGCUCAGAUCUCCAUGGGGCACUACUUUCUAUGGAUGUUGGAGCGGUUCUCUCCCCUCAUGGGGUCACACACCUAUUCCAAACAAAAGAUCAGACAGUCCCCAAUUUGCUGAAGAGGCCUGCGGCUAUUAUAUUUGCUUCUUCUGAUAGGUAG